GUAGUUUUUCAGGGCGCAUUCCCCGGCAGCAAUGUGGAGGGAAAGGGCGACUACAUCCAGCUGAACAUUUGAAUUUUUAUACACCUUUGCAUCCCUUUUUCCCCCUAUUUUGUAAACUUUAGCGUUUUGUUUUUUUUUUGUGAGGAGGGUAAAGCAAGCGAGUGCCUGACCCUCUCGUGUUGAUUUAAUUUUUCUUUUUCUUUUUUUUUUUUUUACAUAUAAAUCGAGCCAUUGUUUUCUCACACAUGGAUAUUAGGAGAUGAAAUCGGACGUGCAUCUUGCUCUUUCGCUUGAGUAACCCCGUCCUGGACUGUGUAGUUUAUGUGGUCCCCGCGGGCUCCGUAGGAGGAGGAGAGAGAGAGAGAGAGAGAGAGAGAGAGAGAGAGUCCUAUUCCUCGGAAGCACAACCAGGAGAGACACGCAGGGGCCACAAGUUGUCCACAGGCUGCGAAAAGGACACCAAAACUUUGCCAAGUUGCUGCGCGUCCGGCCGCAGACGCCAAAACACGCAUCGAUAUUUUUUUUCGAUCUUCGACUCGACUUUUAACCGUGUGGAUUAUCAUCGCGAGGCUCGCCAUGGACUACUGGAGCCCGUUCACAGGAUGAAGAGGGUCUUUUAAAAAAAAAAAUCAAAAAAAAAAUCGACACUUUCUUGUAGUUAGAGUUCACUACGGCAGGGACACCGAUCUGAUAAAAAAAAAAAAAGAGUCAUUUGUUAUUGCGGUUGUUUCCCCCCCCCCCACCUUCCUUCUUUUGAUAUCUAACGUUAUUCUGCAAAAAUGCCCCAGUUGAACGGAGGCGGUGGGGAUGAUUUGGGGGCCAAUGAUGAGAUGAUCUCGUUUAAAGACGAAGGGGAGCCGGAGGAGAAGAUCUCCGAGAAUGUGUCAGCGGAAAGGGAUUUGGAUGAUGUGAAAUCUUCCUUAGUGAACGAGUCGGAAAACAACAGCAGCUCCUCGGACUCGGAGCAAGCAGAGAGGCGUCCUCAGACCAGACCCGACCUAGAAAGUUAUGAGAAAGCAAGAGACUACUUCAGUGAAGCUCUGAGGGCAGCAAGAUGUGGCUUUUUUAGAUGUCCUCACUAUCCUUGGCUACCCGUUUCUCAUAUCCCAGACCUCAGCAACCCAUACAUAUCCAACGGUCUCUGAUCCCCCCGCGUGCAGAGAUC